AUGGGCAAUGGUGCAGGAGUAUUAUUGAUCGAUCCUUAUGGAGUACAUAUUCCCUUCGUUGUGAAGCUUAGUUUCCCAACGACAAAUAACACGGCUGAAUAUGAAGCUUGCAUGUAUGGAAUCAAAGCAGCUUUAGCUGGUGCAAAAAAUAUCACAGUAUACGGUGAUUCUUAUCUCAUAAUUUCCCAUACUAUUGAAGCUUGGAAAGUUUGGGAUGAAAGGUUACAAAUGUACACGGAGUAUCUUCAACAAUUUAUCCCAUUCUUUAAACAAAUAGAGUUCAAACAUCUCCCUCGUGAGCAAAAUAGCUUCACCGAUGCUUUGGCAAAUCUUGCGGUAAAUUUGACUUGGGAUUAUGAUGUGAAGGUACAAUCAGUAACUUUUGUAGAAAAAGAAAUUCCAAUGGUUAAUUUUGAACCAACAAUUGCUUUAUUAACCCAAGAAGAUGAUGAGGAUGCUUGGUAUACUGAUGUUAAGAAGUAUUUAAUCGAUGGAGAAUAUCCUGAAGGAAGUCACAAGAAGGAUCAGUUGGCUAUUUGA